CAGCUGAGAACUGCGGGACAUCGGCCCAUCAAGGUCAAGGGGUGCCAAAGGGGAAAUUCGUGUGAAUGAUCGGCAAUGCAGCAACUGGAAAGACAUACAGAGACAUAUACCGUUUAACGAGGUCCAUUCCAUGCCGAGCAUCAAUUUACGUUUAAUCGGGUUUCCCUUUAGAGCUCUUACUUGGCGAUCGAGACAACUGUUCCAAUCACGUAACUGCUAUAGUAUCCACGUGCAGUCCAUGACCUUGCGACAAGGAAAACAAAAGUGCGUCACUAGUGGAAUGUAUCGUCACUUUCUGGUGCUCGAGGGCCACUUGCCGGCAUACAACGUAGUUGUUCAGGAUCAAAUGUGACAGACCUUCGCGGGCGAAAGUUGUUGCACUGACUUUAUGAGCAUAAGAUCGACAGUGAACAAAAUGAUAUCUUGACCACAAUUAACAAUACUCACCACUUGAAAUCAUCUUCAACUCACUCAUCAUGCAUUUCUCAUCCUCAAUUGUCCUAUUUGCUUCCACCGUUGCUGGCCUGGGCAUUAAUUGCCGCGGCAGCGGCCUGUGCAACCUCUCUUUCGGUCCCAGUAUCCAGAACAUUCAAGACCAGAUAGGCAACAUGAUUGCCGACGGUCAGGGCGAUAGAUUCUUUGGCGAUGGCGCCCAAGUCGCUUGCACAUCAGGUGACGCAGGCAGUAUAUGUGCGUUCUUCCAGAGCGGCGCUUCUGGAACAGCCAACGAUGCUUUUCAUUACAUGCAGGAGAUUAUCGAUCACGGUUGCAAGCUUUGUGGAAGUGUUCCUACACAGCCAGGAAAUAACGUGGCGAACGGGCAAUUGACUGUAAAUGCUGUCAGCAAGCCUUGUUGCGAGGGAACAUGUCACUGUUAAGAAUGUUAAUAGAAUAGAUAGUUUGGUAAAAGACAAGGAUAUCUCAAAAACAUAAGUCUAAGCUUUAUCCAAAGCAAUAGCCAGUAUAUAAAAUCCGUGUCUAGACCUAG